CCAAAUUGAAUAAAAAUGUCAAGUGUUGCGCCGUCGCCACCGGGGCCUCAGCAAUCGGUUCACGUAAGACGGCGUAGUUCGAUACAUCAGAGUUCAUCGACGUGGAGGUCGCUACCGUGCGAGGAGGGCAUGGGCGUGCGCCAGAACCCCUGGACGCCCACCAAGCGCCGCGGCCCCAUCGCCGCCGAAUCCGCUAGCCCCGGCCCUGCUGUAGUCUCUUUACCUUCUCUCAUUGGUAAGCCACCUCCGGAAUCCCGGAAGGCGCGAGCGCCGGCAUUCACCUUUGGCCACAAGCUAGAUCCUCCGGGUUUCAGCUCCAAGGCAGGCCCUGGCCCGGCCUCUUACAACACAGAAGGCAUGACCGCCAAAGGUCGGUCGGUGGGUCCGGCGGCGUCGCUGCACGGACGCUGGCCGCCGCCGCGCGUGCCGCCGACGCCGGCGCCGUGCGACUACGAGCCGCAGCGCGCCGCGCGCGCCGUGCUCGACCACGCACCGGCCUUCUCCAUCGGUCUGCGUGUGAGCAUGCCGCAAGCACAGUCGAAGACGCCAGCACCAAACAUCUACUCAAUGCCGCCCGUCCUUGGCGAGGCUAAAGAAGGCAGCAAGCAAGCAGCGCCAGCGUUCAGCAUCUGUGGCCGCCCGAAGAACAUCGAGUCCAAGACGCCCAUGCCUGGCCCGGGCACCUACACCACGGACAAGGCAGUGAACGUGCUCACCAAGCGACCGCCCGCUUACACCAUGGCUCCUCGACGAGAGCUCAGGCAUCCGUCUGAGGCCAUACCCGGCCCUGGUGUUUACUGUCCUGAGAAGGAUUCUACACAGCAACAAUCAAAAACAUAUAAGCAUACCUUUUCGAGCAGAUGUAAGAUAAAAAACGGGGAUCAAGUUCCUGCUCCGAAUGCGUACUCACCAGAAAAAGCCGACAGGCUGUUACGAGCAAAAUCACCUGCCUUUUCCUUUAGGACCAAAACUGAGGUCACUAUCUCAAGUGACGCGCCGGCGCCCAAUGUAUAUUCUCCUGAAAAAGCUCUCAAUUCCCUCAAGAGUGGACCAAAAUAUACAUUAGCAGGAAAAGGUGUUGCAGAAAAGCACGAUUCAACCCCGGCUCCCAAUACAUAUAACCCUCAAAAAGCUGACAGAAUGAUGCACGAAAGUUCUCCUUCAUUCACUAUGCGUUCUAAAGACGUUGUGGAUAAAAUUGAACAAACACCGGCACCUAAUGUUUAUGCCCCAGAAAAUUCUAUGCAUAUGCUGAAUGGAGGACCUAAAUACACCAUAUCCGGAAAAGGGUCAAAUGCAAAACUUCCUGAGACACCUGCUCCUAACUCCUACACUCCAGAAAAAGCAGAUAAAGUGUUACAUGAGAGUUCACCUGCUUAUUCGUUUAGGAUAAAAGAAGAAACGGUUAUCCGCAGUGAAUCUCCCGCUCCUAAUGUUUAUGCCCCAGAGAAGUCGAUGCAGAUGUUAAAUGGAACUCCUAAAUAUACCAUUAGUGGGAAAGGCCCAGAAAGCAAAAUCGAAAAUACUCCCGGCCCAACAGCUUACUGUCCGGAUAAAGCAGAUAAAUUGCUUCAUGACUCAUCUCCUGCAUUUACAUUCAGAACAAAAGAUCAGGUGCGAAUAACUGACGAUGCUCCUGCUCCAAAUGCUUAUGCUCCUGAAAAAUCAAUGCAUAUGUUGGAUACAUCUCCAAAGUAUACUAUUGCAGGAAAAGGUGCCUCUCCAAAACAUGAUAAUAUACCAGCACCAAAUACGUAUAAUCCUGAUAAAGCAGAUAAGCUUCUCCACGACUCUUCGCCUGCUUAUUCAUUCAGGCCGAAGCCUGAUAUGGACCGACCUAGUGAUACACCGGGACCCAAUGUAUAUGAUCCGCAUUUAUUGGACGGUACACCUAAGUACAGCUUAUAUGGCAAGGGUCCUGAUGGCAAAUAUCCGGAGACACCUGGUCCUAAUGCAUACAACCCUCACCUACCAGACGGAACUCCAAAAUAUACAAUGGCAGGUAAAGGGCAUCCAGAGAAACAGUUUGAUGGUCCUGCUCCUAACUCAUAUGAUCCUCAUUUACUUCCUAAUACUCCUAAGUUCAGUUUGACUGGAAAGGGAUUAGACGGGAAGCCAUCAGACACGCCUGGUCCGAAUUGCUACAACCCACAUUUAACAAGUAAUUCUCCAAUGUAUACUAUCUCCGGUAAGGGUCCGGACGGAAAAGUGUCAGAUACGCCAGGCCCAAAUAACUACAACCCACAUUUACCAAGUAAUUCUCCAAUGUAUACUAUAUCCGGUAAGGGUCCGGACGGAAAAGUGUCAGAUACGCCAGGCCCGAAUAACUACAACCCACAUUUACCAAGUAAUUCUCCAAUGUAUACUAUAUCCGGUAAGGGCCCGGACGGAAAAGUUUCGGAUACACCUGCUCCCAAUAAUUAUGAUCCACAUUUACCGAGUAAUUCUCCAAAGUAUACAAUAUCCGGCAAGGGUCCGGAUGGAAAAAUUUCAAACACACCUGGUCCUAACGCAUACGACCCUAACUUGCCACAUAACUCUCCAAUGUUUACAAUGUCCGGCAAAGGUCACGAUACAAAGACGUCCGAUGUGCCCGCUCCAAACGCGUAUGACCCUAAAAUCUUAAAUGAAACACCUCAAUAUACGAUGGCUCCGAAAGGUAAACCAGGGAAAAUUGACAACAAUCCAGCCCCUAAUUUUUACCACCCUGAUAAAGGCAACAACGUAGUAUUUGAAAGCUCACCCUCAUAUACCUUUAGAGACAAGCAACCCCUUCAUUUACCAGACAAUACUCCGUCGCCAAAUUUGUACCAUCCCGAUAAAGGUAACAAUUUAGUAUUUGGAAGCUCACCCUCAUACACGUUUAGAGAGAAGCAACCCCUUCAUAUACCAGAAAAUAGCCCAGCGCCUAAUGCCUACGAUCCGAGCAAAUAUCACUACAUGUUGGAUGGUGUGCCAAGGUAUACAUUUGGUACUAAAGGACCUGCACAAAAACAUGAUGACGUCCCUGCUCCAAAUGCCUAUAAUCCAGACAAGGCUGAUAAAAUAUUGCACGAAACAUCACCAUCUUACACCUUUAGACCUAAAGUCGAGAAUGGAAAAAUUGUGGACACUCCUGGUCCUGCUGCAUACAAUCCUGAGAAAGCUGACAAGGUUUUACUAGACAAUGCGCCAAGGUAUUCUUUCCGCAUUAAGCCCAAUCCGCAUAAGACCGACAAUGUUCCCGCUCCUAAUGCGUAUAAUCCAGAUAAGGCUACUAAUUUGUUGAAACCCAGCGCUCCUCAGUACACCUUUAGGAUUAAAACGGACGCCUUGAAAAUUCCUGACACGCCAGCUCCAAACGUGUACACAAUCCCGACCCCGGUGCAAACGCCGCUGUACACCAUAUCAGGCAGGCACAAGGAGCCAAUAGAUGAGCGUUUGAAGGUUCCUGCCCCCGGUGCUUAUAGCCCGGAGAAAGCGACCAAAUUUGUCCUGACCUACUCGCCCCAAUACACCUUUGGAGUUAAGAUUCAAACGUCCAAGUUCGCCGAAACUCCCGCACCCAACAGUUACCGAAUACCGUCUGUACUAGACGCUCCCGUGUACACGAUAUCGGGCCGCCACAAGGUUCCGGUCGAUGACAGAGUCCGUGUGCCCGCGCCUGGCACAUAUUCGCCGGAGAAGGUCCAGUUGAGCAGAACGCCACAAAUAACCUUCGGAAUAAAACAUUCCCCAUUAUUGGGACAGUUAAAACCAAUACAGUCAAUUCGUGAUACAAGCGACACGCAGAAUCUACAACAAACUUCUAGAACCGUUGAAGUAAAAAAUACAACUUUCCAGAAUAAUGUUGUCAGCGAAAAUAACGACGUACAGAAAACAAGGAAUUUUAUACAAAACGAAUCGGAUGUUAAUUCGUCGCAAAACAUAAACGAAUCGCACGAAGUUAAUACGCACAUUCAACGAACACGAACCCCAGUAACUCAGAUCCGAACAGAAAGUGACAUCAGGAGUUCUACAGUUACUCCAGAGCCCGUUGUAGAAACCCUGACGCAGGAAAUUGUAUGGGUACCGGAAAAAACUAUUCGACGAAACUCUUACACUAUUGACAAAUCGGAUGGAUCUGGAUUUUUGGAGCAUUAUCAGCAUAGUGACGUCGUGCCGGUAGAAAAUGGCGUGCGAAGAACUGCCGCCAGCGGAGAGCGGGGAGCUUCCUGCUCGCAGGAGACAAGCGAAGCCGUGAUUAAGAGAGAUGGCUUCGAACAGACCAUGCAAAAGAAUGUGAGGAACGAGAGCGCACAUGAGAAAACUCAAACAUCUACCGAGGAGGUACGACAGGGUACUGAGGUGAAGCAGCUCGCAAACGGGGGCAUUGCCAAAACCACUACCACCACAACCGUUAGAAAAGUGGGUGCGGCUGCGAAAACGGCGAAAGCAACGACCACAGUCACACGCACUGCGACUGCAGUGACGUCGCGUGACGUCGGCGCUAAGUAAAGCAAGUUACUACUACGAGUAUAUUGAUACCUUCCUAUUUCCUUCUAUAGAAAACCGAUUUAACGUUAAAAGGACAGCUACUAAAUUAUUUAAAUUCAACAUUUAUAAUAAAUUAACUUGAUAUUCGUUUGCUUCUUAAAAGUGCUCCUGAAGUUAAAACUAAGAAUUUAAUUAUAACAUCCCUUUAUUGUGAAGUAAAAUAGGUGUCUUGUAAUUUUAUCCAAUUCUCAAAAUUGUGAUAGAAAGUACAUUUAUUACUUGUUUAAAAAACCAGUUAUCUCGUCUAUUUUUACCAGUUAAAGGUACUGGUAAAAAAAUAGACAAGAUAACUUGCUGCAUAAUUUAAUGUAUUUAAUUUAUACUCACAAAUUGUUACUAAAAUUAUAAAUUUAUUGAAAAAUCUCAGAUUUAUUUAUAAUAAAGUUUUAAUAAUUUUAA